AUGUACAACCGUGACCGAAGCGCGGCUGAAACAUGCCUAAGCCUCCCAGAAAUCGUCUUUCAAGUUGGCUCGUACCUCUUUGAGCCAAGCGAUCUCUACGCUGCCUCCUGUGUAAACCGCCUCUGGCAAGCUGCACUCCUUCCCAUUCUCUGCAAUGAUACAGACGAUGAUGCCGAUGAUGAUGCUGACGACGACGAUAACAAAUCCGAAGGCUCUAACGACCCUGACUUUGAACCAGAAUCCGACGUCGACAUGAACGGAGCUGGUGGAGACACCGAAAGAACGACAACUACGCAUCCAAGCCUUAUCAAACGAAACAAGGACCCUCUUGACUUGGAACCCAUCGUUGGCAUUUUGAAUCACCUUGCAGAUAACGGAAAGUUGCAGUUCUUCAUGUAUGCCCUUCCAGGCGAGCCUUUCGAGGCACUCCCUGACGAAGUCUGGCUCGCCCUGCGGAGGAUGUCGGAUACUUUGCAAGGACUGUACAUCGAGUUGAUCAUGAAGCACUGGAACCCAUUCCUCUCAAGUCGAUUCAACAACAUACACUACCUACGUCUCUUCCUCGACACAGACGAAGAGUUACCACCAGGUCCCAACGGAGAAGUGUUCGACCCGAAGGCAGCACUUCUCACAUUCCUACAAUCCCAUCCCCGUCUCCAAGUCCUCCAUCUCUACCUCGGAACAGUCUUCGCAAACCUCGCUCUUUCCUCCAUAACCCUCCCUUCUCUCAAAUCCUUCCUUCUGAUCUCAAAAGCCGAAAACGUCGACGUCGCUCCCUUUAUCAAGAACCACACCGGUUUGACGUCGUUAGACGUUUACACAGAUUCAGACUUUGAGCCUUUCCCUGCUGACACUCUACAAAACGUCCAAGCAUUACAAGUCAGCGCGAUGACAGUCUCAUGGUUCCGGAACGUCCUCGCCGCAGCGCCCAAACGCGCUCAACCAAUUCGUCAUUUACAAAUCACAGCAGCAAGACAAGAGAACUUCUUAGACGUUCUCAGCCUUGCUGCUCCUCUCGGGUCGACGUUACGUUGUCUGGAAUUGAUUUUCUGGAGUCGAGACGUUCCGUUGAUACGUGUACUUGAGGAAGUUAGUCGGACGUUCCCGAGACUUGUGGAGUUGUCAUUGUUUAUACCGAGUUGGGGAUCUGCUGAGUGGGAUGAAGAGGAGAAUGGUCCACUUGAUCUUACCUCAAUGCUUAAAUGUUUCGCCUCAAACAGGGACCUCCUCGCCUUCGCCGUGUCAGAUCCAAAGACAGACCUACUCGACAAAGAACAAAUCGAAGCAGUACCCAAGUCAUCCGUCCCACCUCGUCUAGAAUACAUCAUCUGGCGUUCCCAGACUUUCCGCCUGCGUCGUCAAUUCCUCUCUCCAGACGAAACACUGGGGAUUAUGAAAAGCAACUUCAGUUGUAUUAGAUUGAAUGGUGGUGGUGGUGGUGGUGAUGGUGGUGAUGGUGGUGAUCAGCUUAGCUCGACGAUGAAAUCUUUCAUAUUAGAUAGAUACAUGGUUACAUUCGUUAGCGACAUUCAUUUGUUAUAG